CAUUUUUUAUCAUUUAUUAAAAAUCGAUCCGACUCAAAGAAAUAUUUAUUUGCAUGUGAAAUAUAUUGAAGUUUCAAUAGGAAUUAAUAGUUUCGUUACCCGCUUUGUUACAUUCUUCGAAUUAAAUGAUACACAAGUGUUUGUUUUGUAGACGUGCAACGUUAUACAAUACGCGAUCAUAUUUGGGAUUUAUGAAUAAUAUAAGUUAAAAUUUUAAGUUUACAUAUAUUUCUUCUAUUCAAAUUUAUACAUCGAAGCUGUAAUAGAACGUGAAAAUUGUGCAAUUCAAUACAUACAUACCCAUAAAAAUGGCGGAUAAUGAUGAUCUUUUGGAUUAUGAAGACGAGGAACAGACUGAACAAGUAGUUGAUGGAAGUGGGGAUAUUCCCGCUAAGAAGGAAGUUAAAGGCACAUAUGUAUCUAUCCACAGUAGCGGGUUCAGGGAUUUCCUUCUUAAACCUGAAAUAUUACGAGCAAUUGUGGAUUGCGGUUUUGAGCAUCCUUCUGAAGUUCAACACGAAUGUAUUCCUCAAGCAGUGCUUGGCAUGGACAUAUUAUGCCAAGCAAAAUCUGGUAUGGGAAAAACUGCAGUAUUUGUGUUAGCUACAUUGCAACAAUUAGAAUUGACUGAAAACCAAGUCUAUGUUCUCGUCAUGUGUCACACAAGAGAACUUGCUUUCCAAAUAAGCAAAGAAUAUGAGAGAUUUAGCAAAUAUAUGCCUCAUGUAAAGGUAGGAGUAUUUUUCGGUGGCUUGCCAAUUCAAAAAGAUGAAGAAGUUUUGAAGAACACGUGUCCUCAUAUCGUUGUCGGUACUCCCGGUCGUAUUCUCGCUCUUGUACGAAAUAAGAAAUUAAACUUGAAGCACCUAAAACAUUUUAUACUCGAUGAAUGUGACAAAAUGCUUGAACUCCUAGACAUGCGUAGGGAUGUACAGGAAAUAUUUAGAAGCACACCGCACGGCAAGCAAGUCAUGAUGUUCAGCGCUACGUUAUCCAAGGAAAUACGUCCUGUCUGCAAAAAAUUUAUGCAAGAUCCCAUGGAAGUCUAUGUGGAUGAUGAAGCUAAACUCACGUUGCACGGUCUACAACAGCAUUACGUGAAACUUAAGGAGAACGAAAAAAAUAAGAAGCUGUUUGAAUUACUAGAUGUUCUUGAAUUCAAUCAGGUUGUUAUCUUUGUAAAAUCUGUACAAAGGUGUAUGGCCUUGGCGCAACUUUUAACAGAACAAAAUUUCCCCGCCAUUGGAAUACACAGAGGCAUGACGCAAGAGGAACGGUUAUCCAGAUAUCAACAAUUCAAAGACUUCCAAAAACGAAUUCUAGUAGCCACGAAUUUAUUUGGACGUGGUAUGGACAUUGAACGUGUAAACAUAGUAUUCAAUUAUGAUAUGCCUGAAGAUUCAGAUACGUAUCUCCACAGAGUAGCUAGAGCUGGCCGUUUUGGUACAAAGGGUCUUGCUAUUACUUUAGUAAGCGACGAGAGUGAUGCAAAAAUUUUAAAUGAUGUUCAGGAAAGAUUCGACGUCAACAUUACCGAAUUACCGGAUGAGAUAGAUCUGGCUUCGUACAUCGAAGGACGAUAAAUUAAAUUCCAAUUUACAAACUAUAAACUUCGAAAUCCUCUCACGUAAGAUUAUGAAAAAACAUUCAUUCAAUACACUUAUCAUUGUGUAUUCAUGUUGAGCAUAUAAAUCAUAUUUUGUAUCUAUAUGCAAAUCUCUUUUCAUUCAUCUGACAAACUUCAAGAACGAUUGACGCAAAAGUGAAUUAUAAUGGCUGAAUUAUUAUUCUUUUAAAGCUACAAUAAAUAAUUCAUGUUAUUACUGUAAAA